AUGCCCAUCCCGCCCAGUUCUCCCGGCGGAUCCCCGUCGACCGUCAUCCUCUCCAAAUGCGGCGACGUCGUUCUCGUUCCCAGCAAGGGCAAUCAGGCGCCUGGAAAGCUCCUCGUAUCUUCAGCGUUCCUGCGCGGAGCGUCUUCCGUUUUCGAUAAGAUGUUAGAUGGGCGGUUCGCCGAAGGCCAGGCUUUGUCAUCUGCCAACCCGAGUGAGAUACCACUUCCAGAUGAUGACUUCGGAUGCAUGCUGCUUCUCUGCAUGAUCAUUCACCUGCAGACCUCCGACAUCCCGAGGCGGCUCGAUAUCAUUCCUUUGGCCGACUUCGCCAUCCUCUGCGACAAGUAUGACUGCGUCGAUGCUGUCCGACCUUGGAGCAGGGUCUGGGUCUUGGAAUUGCUUCCCAAGCCGGAUGUCGCUGGCUUUGAGAAGCUUCUCAUGGUGGCAUACGCUCUCGACUUGCCAGAUGAGUUCUACAAGGUCACUCAGAGCCUCAUACGAGACCGCACUUUCUCUUUCGACACUGAGGUAGCGAGCCAUGGAACCGAUUUCCUUCCUCUGGUUGUGUUCGCUCGUCUCCAGAAGGGCCAGAAGCUAUACCAGCACCUAGCAGUCGCCGCUCUGAACCCCGACUAUGUGAACCAGGUCUUGUUCAGCGGCUGUACCCAUUCAAAAGAGGUAUAUUGCAAUUAUCUAAUAAAGCUCAAGAGCGCAGGACUCUGGCCGACAAAAGCCCUGGAUUUGGCGGAGUAUCGCCGUCGGUUGUCACGAAUCGAUUCCGUCGCGAACGGCUCAUGCAACACGUACUACUGCGGUUGCAAGCGAGGAACAAAUAUCAUGUCGGUCGUCAUAGAAAAGGUGGAUCAUGUCCUCAACUCGGUGACCGGAAUGUGCUUGGACUGUGUCUAUCAAGCAGCGAUGAAGGGCAAGGAGGGCGAAUGCCGGCUACAGCAUUCUGAAGGGGCGUUUUAG